AUGCCCCUGUCUGAGGAGCCCUGCUGAACACGGUGUUCUGCAGUUGAACUGAAUAAGGUAUAAAGCAGGCGCCCGCGAUCACCGAGGCACCGAUCAAGGCUUAAUCUCGAACCGCCAUCUCCCCGCUUCCUAGAUCUCGCUAAACCCAGAAUGGCUCCCUUCUCCGCCUCCCGCACCGGCGCUAAGCGCACCGCUGCCCCUCCCGCUGACCACUUCCAGAAGCGACCGAGAGUCGUCCGCGACGACGACUACGAUGAUAGGUCGUCUGACUCCUCUGGCUUCCAUGGACGUGAUGGCCAACACGACUCACGGAAUGGCCGCGACACUGUCCGUGUGCGUGACCCACGCGACAAAGAAGACAAUACCCGAUAUGGAAGGGACCCCAGAAGCGGGCACGAUGCCGAGUACAGUCGUGGCGACUCUGGGAACGGUAAUGGCACCGAGCCCGAGGACGAGGACGAUGUCGAGUCCUUGAUCAUGACUGACCGCUCCCCUCUCGGGAAGCUUAUUCGCGCGAUGCGAGCGACCGAGCACACUGAUCAAGAAAAACUUAUUCUCAAGCCCUGGAAGAAGGCCGCGCGUUUCAUUCCGCGCUGCAUGGGACCCUUCAUCAACCUCAACAACGUGAUUCUGUGCGGAAUUCACUUCGGCGGGCUCAUGCCUGAGGAAUGGGACCUCACCGAUUUCAAGAGCCUCGAUGUCAAGGAGAUACCGAGGCACAUCGAGUAUUACGAGAGCCUUCUCAACCUGAUCCCGCAGCUGGAGGAGGUGCUUCAGCAGGCUCAGGGAAACCGGGAGAUCGUCGGCGUCAUUUCUCACUUCUUCGAGAAACACCUGAAACAGGCUCGCUCGGACGACAGCACGAAAGUCAAGAAUAGUGUUCUCACAUUCAUCCCGAAGAACCUCGACAAUGUUCCGAACAUCGAACAAGACCACGAGAAGCACCAACGCGGCUUCCGCCACCUCGCCACUGGGCGUCUGCUCACUCCGGCAGCGAUUCAAUGGAAGUUCAACGCAGACCCGCAGAGCUUCUGUGACAGCACCCUUGAGGGGUCUGUACAGGUGACUGCUGAUCAUUUCCCCGCGCUCGUGUACUGCGAAGAAGGUUACUUCGCCGACAACCCGGAAGCUGGCUUGCUGAAGGCGCCGCUCAUCUCUGCGGUAUAUCGCCCACUCGCUCACUUCUCCUCCACUUCGCGGUCAGGCCCUGGGAGAAAGUCCCUCGCGAAGGAGUACGGGAUCACCGCCUGUGUUCCGGAAACCAUCGCCUAUGCGACGACCCUGGUAAGUACCUCCCGACUGCUCACAGGUGUUGCAUCUACACAACCUGUCGCAGACUCGCUUCGGUCUUGAUGCCCAAGUUGAGUGGUGCGAGAACGAUGCCGAGUUCGUUUAUCAGAAGUUCUACUUCAACAUCCUCGGCAUGUUCGAAGACCCUGAAUGGGCAGAAGAUGUCCUCGAGUGGUACAACACGUAUGUCGUGAUUCAUGUGCAUACUGCAUGUACCUCAUUCUGACUUAUUGAGCAGUGAAGUCUUCGGUCCCGGACAUC